GUUGACGUGACCCACAUGGAGCCUUCCUCCAGACAAUCGACCGACUCCCCGCCAACGGGUCCCCUCCCGCUGUUUGAAGCUCAUCUACGUCUGUUAAGCGACUCUUUUAUUGCCUUCUUCCAAGAGCGAAAACGCAUUGAAGAGACUUAUGUCGAUUCAUUACUCAAACUUCACAAGAAGAUUAAGACCAUCGACGCGUUCCUCGAUGACCGAACUGACCUCAGCACCACACGACAUACAUGGGCUGAGGUACGCGAUAACACAGAAAGAGAGGCUCAAGCCAGACAGGCCUUUCUCUCGGCGCUCACAGUCGAUGUCCUCAAUCCGUUGACAUCACUUCGUGAAACGCAAGAGCGCACGAGGAAGCGCAUUAAAGAGGAUAUCAAAGACUCCACCUCCAGCUACGAUGACUUCGCUGAAAAUGGACUGCCAAAACUCCGAUCCAAGUACACUCGCAAAUUUGCAGAGGUCGAGGAAAACAAACGUGCAGCGGCAUCCGUUCCUCCUGUUUCCCCCACCACAAUGACGGCAGGCUCGGAUCUUCACACCAGUCCCAAGGCUGCCAAUGUCCCUCUGCGUGUCACCUCACCACAGCCACUACGCGCUCUUGAACGAAGGCCAUCUGGAAGCGCACCUAGCGGUCGGAACAGAUCCCCAUCCUCUUCAACUGCUUUCUCCGAUUUGGCACAGCAAGGCAAAAAGCAAUUGAAUCAGCUCCGAGGACUUUUGGAAAAGAGCGGCACCGUAAAAGAGUCGCUGGGCAGUGGGAAAGAAACCCAUGCCUUGAAAGCCGUUCGUGCGAAGCGAGAACUUGAGGAAGCUGACAAGGAUUAUCGCAAUGGAGUCCACUGGCUCGAAACUCUGCGAUUGAGGCGAUUCAAAAUCCUGGAGAGUGGGUUCAGGAGUUUGGAAGCUUUUGUUCAUGAGUCUUCCAGCACAGUCAAAUCUAUUCUGGAAAAGUACACAGACAAUAUGACGGCGACGAGCACAACACAAGCCCAAUUGGCGACUCAUGCUCGUGCCAUCGUCAAUAGGAUUGUUCCGGGCAUGGACAUCGCCAAACUCUCCUCAAGUAUUCCUCGCUCCCUCGCCUCCGCGAUACCAGAUCGAAUUCUAUACCAAAACGGAUUUGUGGGGGAGUGCCAGGAUCUUAUAUUUGGCUUUAGCUUGUUGGACUACGCUACGGCUCAUAAUCUGCCUGAUGGACUUCCUCCCAGGAUUGUACAAAUUUGCAUUGCAGAAAUAGACAAACGCGGCCUAGCCUCAGAAGGAAUUUAUCGAGUUUCGGGACGACAUGCCAUAGUUCAGAAUCUACACCACGAGAUUGAACGAGACGAGUCUAAGUUUGAGUUUAAACCCAAGGACGACAUCUUUGCUGUUGCUUCGUUGUUGAAGUUAUACCUGCGUGAACUUCCGGAACCCGUUUUCAGGUUCUCCCUCCAAGAUCGAAUGCAACACACAGAAGACCUCGCCGAACAUCAGUCCAACAACUUCGUGCUCUUGAGGUCCAAAAUACGACGGCUACCACCCGUUCAUCAAGCAACAUUGAAAGUUCUCGUCGAACACCUGGCGCGAGUCGUUGCCAACUCGAACGAAAAUAAGAUGGAUGCUAAAAAUGUUGCAAUUGUGUUUGGCGGGGUUAUCUUUGGAGAGGAUGACGUACCCAAAGGAGGGACUGACCUUUUGAAUCUUCAAAGCACCAAGGAUUCUUUGAUGGAAGAUCUCAUCUUACAUGCCCAUAUAUUGUACGAUGACCAGCCUAUCCACCACUCUCCACCCCUUCCUGCAACACCCGCAGGAGAACCUGUCCCCCCUGUUGUCUACGGUUCGAAGCGCACACAGGUAGCGACAGUUCCGCCUUCUUCGCCUCCGAACAGGGCAACAACAGCUUCUCCACAAGACUUUACCCCUCGCCUGCCCUCCAGACCUGUUAGCAGCAUCCACCCUUCAGCACGCGCCAAUCCACCGCCAUCCCCAACCAAGGAAAGGGUGAAUGUACCUCCACCCCCAGCCCCAGCCCCAGCCCCACCCAUACCAUCACAAUUUGACCUCUCACGGAGACCGAGCCACGAACCUUCUUCGCCCACUAUUUCUACGACUACUCUAGAAACUGAAACAUCCUUCCAAACCCGCACAUCUCUCGAUUUGGAAAGCACGAGUGAAGGUUCGCGGCCGCCCUCUACUCGGCAGUCGUUGCAGUUGGAGCCGGUUGAGGAGGACGCUUAG